AUGACAAAUAAUACAACAACAGCAACAAAUAAUAGUAAUAAUAAUGGAGCACCAAUUAAUUCGAGUCAACCACCACCAACAAAUGGAAAUUCCAUUAUUGUAAAUUCAAUAAUAUUAUCGGAAAGGAAAAAUCCUCCAAUAAUAACAGCAACAAUAGGUGCAACAGGAAGUAGUGGAAAUAUUGUAAAUAAUAGUAGUACUAAAAUUGUAGAAUUGGGAGUGGAAGAAUCGAGUCCAUCCAUGAGUAAUCCAUCAAUUCCACAACAAGUUGCUCAUGCAGUUGUAAAUUCAAUAGUUAAUUCGAAUACAGUAACAUCAAAUAGAAGAAUUCAUUCAUUUAAAAACACAACUAUUCAGAGAAUUAUUGAUUUGGAAUCGAAUUUAAUUGCACUCAGUGAUAGAACUAUUUUUGGUAAUAGAAGUGAUAUCAUAUUGGAAGAGGAAAUUACAUACAAUUAUUUGAAAGAUUAUUAUUACAAUAAUGAUCAACCAAUUUCAAUAGAUGGACAAGAUGAAUUGCCAAUUAAUAAGAAAAUUGAACCCUACUCACCAUCCUUCUCCUAUUCAUUUAAGGAAGAUCAGAGAGCUAGAAUGUUAUUCUUUUUUUCAUUGUUAAUUAGUUGUUGUCUAUGUUUAAUACCACCUUUCAUGAUGUUUUCAUCGGUGCCAUGUUGUGUCAUGUAUUGGUGCACAGAUUUGGUGAAAUUCAAAUCGAGGAGAGCAAAAAUCUAUGCCACCUUGUUAUAUUACUUGUCAGUUACAUUUUCACUAGUUUGUUUUAUUAUAUUUAUCAUAAUUAUUCCAUUAUCUUUGGUUUCUGCUUUGAAAUAA